AUGGCUCCAUCUCUAGACCACGUUUUUACCAUGCGGAUGUACACAUCUCCCGCAAAAGCCGUUGUAAUUCCCGAAGCUAAAGGCAAGAAUCAUCGCAUUAUCGCCUUUCUGACGCACGGCAACAUCAAAGGCAGUGGCUUUGAGGCUGAACUCCAACCUGGAGGUGCCGACUGGAUCUUGUUUCGCAACAGCGAAGGUCAUAGUUUUUACAUCUAUUUCCAAGGUGUACUGCAAAUCGACGACAAGUGGAUGGAAGUCUUUACCGGAGGCCCAAAGGCCCGAACACUUGAGUUUGGAGAGAACUAUUGGUUGAGUGCACCUGUUUUGGAAACUAGCCACCCUGAUUUCAAAUGGGUUGAGCGAUCUGAGUUUGUAGGUGAACUUCGAUGGUUUAUUGAUGAGGAUGGGUCCGUUGCAGUGGAGAAUGCUAUUUACAAGGUUCUUCCCAGUAGUGGGUAG